AUGCCCGUUUGGAAUAAGAAGCUAACCCCUUAUUCCCAGGGACCGAGCGGUGGGCCCCGUGAAGACCGGGUCACUGGCCUUCUUGUCCGGUCAACAUCGACCGCAUGGUCUCCCGACUCAGUCGUUGCCGUCGAUGCGGGGACUCUCCUUGCUGGCAUCAUCCGGUUGCUUGCCGAAUACAUGCCGUCGAAAGAUGAGCAGAAUGUCCUGCAGAAAGGACCAUUCACUGGCCUGGAACUUCCCUGCAAGACCGCAGAGGCUAAUGCAGCGCAUAUCUUUCGGGAGAUUAUCGGUGCCUUCCUGAUCACGCACGCCCACCUCGACCACAUAUCUGGGCUGGCGAUCAACACGCCGAUCCUGGAGGCUGGAAGUGGUCCAAAACCCGUUGCGGCGUUACCGUCGGUGCUCUCUGCUAUCAAAAACCAUAUGUUCAACGAUGUCAUCUGGCCUAACCUCUCAGAUGAAGACGGUGGAGCUGGUCUCCUCACCUAUCAGCGUUUGGUCGAAGGAGGGAACCCCAGGUUUGGUCGUGAUGAAGGAAGAGGAUAUGUCCGGGCUUGCAAUGGCCUGUUGACCAAAUGUCUCAGUGUCAGCCACGGACGGUGCAAACAGAAAUACCAUCCGGAAAGCGGAGCGCAUCAUCGAGUGGGCAGCGCGGUCUUUGCAGGGGACCAGUUAAUGAUUCCGUCGAGGGCAAUAUCGGUCGAUCACACAGAUGGAGGAGCGUAA